AUGGCGACGAAAUUAAAGGCAGGAGGUGAUCUAGGCCGCGUCAUCGUGGUAGGCGGCAACGGCUUCCUGGGCUCCCACAUCGUGAACCAGGCGCUGGGCGACAGCGACAGCACGGCCAGCUGGACGGCCACGUCGGUCGCGUCGGUGGACCUGCGGUGCGAGCGCAACCGCAACGAGCGGGCCACCUACCACGAGUGCGACAUCACCGACGUCGACAAGCUCACGUCCAUCUUCGAGGAGCUCAAGCCCGACGUCGUCAUCCACACGGCCUCGCCCGUCGCCGCCGACAGCAGCGUCAGCCACGACCUGUUCCGGAAGGUCAACAUCGACGGCACCCUCGCCGUCAUCCGCGCGUCCCAGCAGUCGGGAGCUAAGGCCCUCGUGUACACCAGCUCCGCCAGCGUCAUCAGCGACGACAAGAAUGACCUCAUCAAUGCCGACGAGAGGUGGCCCGUCAUCCGAGGUAGUCAGCAAGGCUCAUACUACAGUGAGACCAAGGCUGCCGCCGAAGAGGACGUCCUGAAGGCCAACCGCCAGGAGCCGUACAAGCUGCUCACCUGCGCCAUCCGCCCGGCCGGCAUCUUUGGCGAGGCCGACGUCCAGACGCUCGCGGGCUUCAUGAACACCUACAAGAACGGCCGCCACAAGGUCCAGCUCGGCGACAACGAGAACAUCUUCGACUUCACCUACGUCGGCAACGUCGCCCACGCCCACCUGCUCGCCGCCCGCCUGCUCCUCGCCACCGCCGCCUCCCCCACCGCGCCCCUCGACCACGAGAGGGUCGACGGCGAGGCCUUCUUUGUCACGAACGACUCCCCCGUCUACUUCUGGGACUUUGCCCGCUCCAUCUACGCCGCCGCCGGCGACCGCUCCGGCACCGACGGCCUCUGGCGCCUCCCCGCCGACUUCGCCUUCCUCCUCGCCUUCCUCAGCGAGACUUUCUCCUGGAUCACCCGCAGGACCCCCACCUUUGGCCGCAAGGCCGUCACCAUGUCCACCAUGACUAGGUACUACAACAUCUCCAAGGCCAGGCGUGUGCUCCACUACGAGCCCGUCUGGACCCUGCGGGAGGGUGUCGAGCGCGGUGUCAAGUGGUUCCUCGACCGGGAUGCCAGGGACGCUGCUGCUGUCGCUGAGAAGUGA